AUGUCCCAGUCGGGCCCGAAGCCCGCCGCCUCCCCGCGGCCCCGGCGCUCGGCAGCGGCCCGCCGCGCCCAGGAGCAUGUCUAUGAAAAAGACAGUGGAUCGCCUUCCAGGUCAGGAGAAAAGAAAGGAGCAGAUGAGAAAAAAGCCACAAGCCAUGAGAGCAGUCAGCCCUCCAGAACCCAUGCUGGUGGAAGAGUCCCGGCCUCCAAGGUGUCUACUUCCUCUGCAUCAGCCAGCAAGUCUUCCAUCAUGAACACCACCGAAAACAAGGCUGUAAAAUCAGAACCUGAAAAGAAGUCACAAUCAACUGAGCCGCCUCUGCUUAUUGAUGGGAAAAAAAUAGAAAAAAAGCCAAAGGAACAACACGAGCCAGAAAGCCUAUCCAAAGGCACGUCGCAUUCAGCAAGCAAGCAUGGUCAUAAAGAAAAGGCAGUUUCCAGGUCAAGUGAGCAGCCAACAUCAGAGAAACCAACAAAACCAAAGACUAAAUCUCAGGACACAGGUGCAGAGAGUGCUGCUGCUGCUACUGGUGCGGUUGUGGCCUCUGGCAAGUCAGACAACAAGAAAAAAGAAAAUAAAUCAUUAAUGUCGGCUGUACCAGUUGAGUCCAAACCGGGUAAACCAUCUGGAAAGUCAGACAUGGAUGCUGCCCUGGAUGACUUAGUAGGCACGUUAGGAGAACCUGAAGAAACUGGACAAGAAGAUAACACGCCAUAUACUGGACCUGAAGUUUCGGACCCCAUGAAGUCUCUCUACAUAGAGGAAUUGGGUAAAAGAGAAGGCUCAAUUCCUCCAGAAUACAGGGAACUUUUGAAUAAAAAAGAAGGGAUCACAAAGCCUCCUCCAGAAUCUUCGAAACCCCUGGGGCCCGAUGACGCCAUCGAUGCCUUGUCCUCUGACUUCACCUGCAGUUCUCGCACCGCUGGUGGGAAGAAAGCGGAGAAAGAGAAAUCUACGGGAGAAGUUUUAAAAGCUCAGUCAGCCGGAGUAAUCAGAAGUGCUGCUCCACCCCAGGAGAAAAAAAGAAAGGUGGAGAAGGACGCGAUGAGUGACCAGGCACUGGAUGCGCUUUCGGAUUCCCUGGGCCGCCGGAAGUCAGAACCCGAGCUCGACCUCAGCUCCAUUAAGGAAGUUGAUGAGGCAAAAUCCAAAGAAGAGAAGCGAGAAAAGUGUGGUGAAGAUGAAGAAACAGUCCCAGAGGAGUACAGAUUGAAACCAGUCACGGAUAAAGAUGGAAAACCACUAUUGCCAGAACCUGAAGAAAAAUCCAAGCCCCUCAGUGAAUCAGAACUCAUUGACGAGCUUUCAGAAGAUUUUGACCAGGCUAAUUGUAAAGAAAAACAAUCUAAGCCAACUGAAAAAACACAAGAAACGCAGGCCGCUGCCCCCGCUCCGGUGGGAGAGGAUGUGCCUCGGGCCUCCCUGUGCAGUGUGCAGUCAGCACCACCCCAGCCCGCGGCCCUGGGCAUGGUGCCAGACGAUGCUGUGGAAGCCUUGGCUGGCAGCCUGGGGAAGCGGGAGGCAGACCCAGAAGAUGGAAAGCCGGUGGAGGAUAAAGUCAAGGAGAAAGCCAAAGAAGAGGAUCGUGAAAAGCUUGGUGAAAAAGAAGAAACAAUUCCUCCUGACUAUAGACUAGAAGAAGCCAAGGACAAAGACGGAAAACCACUCCUGCCAAAAGAGUCCAAGGAAUCGCUUCCACCCUUGAGUGAAGACUUCCUUCUUGAUGCCUUGUCGAAGGACUUUGGUGGACUCUCAGACACUUCACCACUUAACCCAUUUGACAAUACUAAACUCACAGCUGCCGUCUCCGAACUGGUUUCCCAAACCCCAGCUGCAACCACGCACUCUGCAGGCCCACCCCCGAGCACUCUGCAGAGGGACAAAGAACUCGACGAUGCCCUGGAUCAACUUUCGGACAGUCUAGGGCAAAGACAGCCUGAUCCAGAUGAGGGCAAGCCAUUAAAGGAUAAAGUUAAGGAAAGAGCGAAAGCUGAACAUAGAAACAAGCUGGGAGAAAGAGAUGAUACUAUCCCACCUGAAUACAGACAUCUCUUGGAUAACGAUGAUAAGGACAAACCAGUGAAGCCACCCCCAAAGGAACCAAAGAAACCUGCAGAUGAUCAAGACCCCAUUGAUUCCCUCUCAGGGGAUUUUGACAACUGUCCAAGUACAGAAACCUCAGAGGAUACAGGAAAGGACAAGGACAAGAAGACUACUUCCAGCUCCAAAGCACCCAAGAAUGGGGGGAAAGCAAAGAAUUCUGCAAAGGCAAAGGAGGAAACUUCCAAGCCAAAAGCUGAUGAAAAACAAACAAGUUAA